AUGUUAAAUCCGGAAUUGGGGCAGGAGCUUUCAUUUGGCUUCCGCCAUACUGCCGGCGUGGUCGCUGCCGCUGCGCGUGUUCUCCCUGCGCAUCUGGCUCGCGCUGCUGGGGACGGCGGUGGCGUACGCGCUGGCUCGCUGGCCGCCAGCGCCGCCGCCGCGCUGCGCGCCUUCUCCUCGGUGCGCGCCACGCCGCAGCGCCUGCAGCUGGCCGCCGCGCUGCUCACCUCCGCCGUUGUCGUCGCCGCCGCCUACCAGAACAAAGGAGACAGACGAGGAAGGAAACAGACUUGGAGGGAGACAGACUUGGAGGGAGGAAAACGAAGAAGGAAUAAGGACAAGGCAGGAGACGGACAAUGGGGGAGACAAGGACAAGAAAGAACCGGACGACUAGGGAAACGAACAGGCAGGGAGACAAACAAGGGAGGCGACGGAGAUGGGACUGGCAGACAUCUUCUGUCUGCGGGAAGGCACACGUUGGGAAGUAUAUUCGGACACGAAGGCAGACAAGCAAUAGGCGACAGAUAG